AUGUUUUUGCUUGUUAUUAUUUUAUUGUUUCACAGUUUUCUUAGCGUUGCACAGCAAGAGAAACAUUCCCUCCUCUACAAGUUUACAGCUCUUUCCAAAGCAGACACUUUCCCAGAGUUCAGUGCUGGAGCUGUUGCUGAUGGCAGACAGAUCAAACACUACAGUAAUGAAAAAAGAGUCUGGAUUCUGACUGAAGAUAACUGGACUGAAGCUCCUGAAGCACCACCUGAUUCUAGAGACUGGUUCCUACAUCAGUUAAACACUCUGUCAAACUGCACAGACUCUCAGUGUUCUGAGCUCCAUGUUCUUCAGAGAAUGAUUGGUUGUGAACUGGAGAAGCUUCCUGAUGGAACAGUGAGUCUGAGAGCAUUUGAUGAAUAUGGAUUUGAUGGAGAGGAUUUUAUGGCCCUUGAUUCUGAAACUCUGCAGUGGAUUGAGAAAAACCCCAAAGCUAAAGCUAAAGAAACCAAAAUGAAAUGGGAUCAGCAAACAGAACGAAACCAAUUCCUCAAACAUUACCUCAAGAACUGCAUGAACUGGAUCUCCACAUUUAACCACACCAGAAAGAGUAAACCAAAUGUUCACAUCACUUUGAGGAAAGCUCCUAAUGAUCAAAAUAAGCAGGUUUUGAUCUGUCUGACCACUGGCUUUUACCCCAGAGAUAUUGAGAUGGACAUUAGGUUUAACAAAACUGUCCUUAAAGAUCAGACAUCUUCUGGAAUCAGACCAAAUGAUGAUGGAUCCUUUCAGAUGAGAACCAGUGUGGAGAUCGACAGAAGUCAUGAAGGGAUUUAUGACUGUUUUGUCAUUCACAGCAGCCUGACAGAAGCAGUUUCAGCAGGAUGGAUGGUAAAAUGCACUGACUGUGAAGAAUCCAAAUGGCCUGAUAUAAAAGGAGUAGCAGCAGUAGUACUUCUAGCUGUAGUUAUAGUUCUGAUAGUUUGGCAGCGCUACAAAAGGAGAAGGUUAGAUGGCAAUGACACUAUGUCACACAGACAGAUUACAACAACACCCCAAAAUGUCGGUCUUCUCAGUGGCUUUCUGUGCUGCAAUGGCAGGUCAGAUCAGCUUCAUCCAUACUGA